AAAGUAAAUGAAUGCCCUUUCCGCACUACCCGGCCAGGGGUCCAUACGGCGUUGUUUUUGAUUCCCGGCGUAACUUAAGGGGAAGCUGUCACAAUGUCCGGAGCCCUUGAUGUCCUGCAAAUGAAGGAGGAGGACGUCCUCAAGUUCCUUGCAGCAGGAACCCACCUAGGUGACACCAACCUUGACUUCCAGAUGGAACAGUACAUCUACAAAAGGAAGAGUGAUGGCAUCUACAUCAUCAAUCUGAAGAGGACCUGGGAGAAGCUGCUGUUGGCGGCUCGUGCUAUUGUGGCCAUUGAAAACCCUGCUGAUGUCAGUGUGAUAUCCUCCAGGAACACUGGCCAGAGAGCUGUGCUGAAGUUUGCUGCUGCCACUGGAGUUACUCCCAUUGCUGGCCGCUUCACACCUGGAACCUUCACUAACCAGAUCCAGACAGCCUUCCGGGAACCACGGCUUCUGGUGGUUACCGACCCUCGGGCUGACCACCAGCCUCUCCCAGAGGCAUCUUACGUGAACCUGUCUACCAUUGCUCUGUGUAACACAGACUCACCUCUGCGCUACGUGGACAUUGCCAUCCCGUGCAACAACAAGGGAGCCCAUUCAGUGGGUCUGAUGUGGUGGAUGCUGGCCCGGGAGGUUCUGCGCAUGCGUGGUACCAUCUCCCGUGAACACCCCUGGGAGGUCAUGCCUGAUCUCUACUUCUACAGAGAUCCUGAAGAGAUUGAAAAAGAAGAGCAGGCCGCCGCUGAAAAAGCUGUGACCAAGGAGGAGUUUCAGGGUGAAUGGACGGCCCCAGUGCCCGAGUUCACUGCUACUCAGCCAGAGGUUGCUGACUGGUCUGAAGGCGUGCAGGUGCCCUCUGUGCCUAUUCAGCAGUUCCCCACUGAGGACUGGAGUGCUCAGCCUGCCACUGAAGACUGGUCUGCAGCGCCCACUGCUCAGGCCACCGAGUGGGUGGGAACAACCACUGAGUGGUCUUAGGCUGCUUGUCACGUGCUCUCACGCAAACAUGGAAAUGAGGUUGACAGAAAAUAAGCAUCAGUUUCUACAGACACACACACAAAAAAAGUAAAUGAAUGCAUCUUUUGGAUUUACGGUGGAACAACAUUUUGUCCCUUUGUACAGGAAGGAGAGAAAUGAGAGGGAGGUCUGGGCAUACUCAGGAAAAGGGAUUCAUCUGGAGAUGGAGGAGCUGGAUGACACAGGGGAGGUAUUUAUGGCCUUGGGUGAGUGGCUGUUUCUGGAAUGUUGUGAAGAUGUGCUAAUUUCUGCUCUGCUCUAAUUUGUGUCCUGCUCUCACGUGUGUACCAGGACUCAUCAUGCAAAUAAAAUAAGUGAGAUGGCU